AUGACGAUAAAUCGGCUUAUUUUAUGCUUUUGUAUCUUUAUUUUUGUCAUAUUAUACGCACCGUUUCCCCCAUCCCCUCCUGAUACUCUUAUUCUUUUAAGUAUUCUUCAUUGUCAAGCCGCCAAAGUGGAGAGUUUGAUUGCAGAAGGGGGUGCUUCUCGUUUCAGUGCUUCUUCGGGGGGAGGAGGUGGUAGGGGCGCACCUCAGCACUAUCCCAAGACUGUCGGCAACAGCGAGUUCCUGGGGAAAACCCCAGGGCAAAGCGUUCAGAUAUGGGUUCCUUCCCGAAGCACUAGACGAGAUGUCAACUCCAGCAACGAAAAAGAGCGACACGAUGCAAUCUUCAGGAAAGUGAGGGGCAUACUCAACAAACUCACGCCUGAAAGGUUUGACAAGCUAUGCCUCGAGCUCCUCAACGUGGGCGUAGAUUCCAAACUCGUCCUUAAAGGAAUCAUCUUGCUGAUUGUAGACAAAGCCCUAGAAGAGCCGAAGUAUAGCUCGCUCUAUGCUCAGCUAUGUCUGCGCUUGGCAGAGGACGCACCAAACUUUGAUGGCCCUUCAUCUGAGAUCCAAACAUCCCAAAAGCAGAGCACAACUUUCAGACGACUGCUAAUUUCCAAACUUCAAGAUGAAUUUGAAAACCGCACCAGAAAUGUUGAAAUCUAUGACAAACAUGACAACCCUCUUACUUCUGAGGAGGAGGAGCAGCGUUCCAUUGCCAAGAGAAAGAUGCUUGGCAACAUCAAAUUCAUCGGGGAACUUGGCAAACUCGACCUCAUCCACGAAUCUAUCCUUCACAAGUGCAUCAAAACACUGCUGGAAAAGAAGAAAAGAGUCCAGCUCAAGGACAUGGGGGAGGAUCUGGAGUGCCUCUGUCAGAUAAUGAGAACAGUGGGGCCGAGACUCGACCACAACAAAGCAAAGUCUUUAAUGGAUCAGUAUUUUGGCCGUAUCCGAUCCUUAAUGAACAACAAGGAGUUGCCCGCAAGGAUCCGCUUCCUGCUCCAAGACACAGUGGAACUGCGAGAAAACAACUGGAUCCCCCGCAAGGCUUUCAUUGACAACGGACCAAAGAUGAUUCACCAGAUCCGUCAGGAGGCAGUGAAAGAUUUGAGUGUUUUCAUCCCAGCACCCAUGUCUCAGGGGAUGAGGAUGGACUUCUUCCUGGAAAGCCCCUUCAUGCCCAACAGAAUGAAACUGGACAGGGAGACUCUCGGGGGAUUGGCCGAUAUGUUUGGGCAGAUGCCAGGCGGUGGGAUUGGAACUGGCCCUGGGGUUAUUCAGGAUCGGUACUCGCCCACCAUGGGACGCCAUCGCACCAACCCGCUCUUCAACGGCCACAGUGGCCACAUCGCCCCCCCCGCCCAGUCACAGUUCGACGUGGGGCAAAAGUCUUUCGUUAAGUCCAACCAGGUUCAGAACCAGCAUUUCCUCAACCAGAACCAGAACCACCUGGCCCAGCAGCAAGUCCAGUCCAAGGACAUGCCUCCCCGAUUCAGCAAGAAAGGACAGCUCAAUGCAGACGAGAUCAGCCUCAGACCUGCUCAGUCAUUCCUCCUCAACAAGAACCAGGUACCCAAACUCCAGCUUCAGAUCCCCACCAUGAUGCCUCCCAGCGCCCAGCCCCCCCGCACUCAGACCCCCCCUCUGGGACAGCCCCCACAGCUCGGCCUGAAGACCAACCCUCCGCCCAUCCAAGAGAAACCUCAGAAGAUCAACAAGAAACCCCCGCCUGCCAAGGAGGAACUGCUUAAAAUGACGGAGACGCUGGUGACGGAGUACCUGAACAGUAAGAACCUGACGGAGGCCGUGAGCAGCGCCAAAGAGAUGAAAGCUCCAAAGCACUUCCUGCCGGAGAUGCUGAGUAAGAUCAUCGUGUUUUCCCUGGACCGUCCUGACGAGGACAAGGAGCGCGCCAGCACUCUGAUCCACACGCUGCACUCAGAGGGCCUCGUCACCGCAGAGAACUUCAUGCAGGCCUUCCUCAGCGUCCUGGACCAGUGCCCUAAGAUCGAGCAGGACGUCCCGCUGGUGAAGUCCUUCCUGGCCCAGUUUGCGGCACGGGCCGUCAUGGCGGAGCUGGUGAGCGUGGCGGAGCUGGCCCACCCGCUGGAGAACGGCACGCACUUCCCCCUCUUCCUGCUCUGCCUGCAGCAGACCGCCAAGCUGAAGGACCGAGAGUGGCUCACCGACAUCUUCCAGCUGAGCAAGGUCAACAUGCAGAAGAUGCUCCCAGAAAUCGAUCAGAACAAAGACCGCAUGCUGGAGAUCCUGGAGGGGAAGGGUCUGAGCUUCCUGUUCCCGCUGCUGAAGCUGGAGAAGGAGCUGCUGAAGCAGAUCCAGGCAGACCCCUCCCCUCAGUCCAUCUACAAGUGGAUCAAAGACAACAUCUCGCCCAAGCUCCACACCGACAAAGGCUUUGUCAACAUCCUCAUGACCAGUUUCCUGCAGUUCAUCUCCCAUGAGCUGAGCGUGUCGGAGGCCGAGGAACAGCUGGCGGCGCCCUCCAGAGACCUCCUGGAGCAGGAGAAGCAGCUGCUGCUCGCCUUCAAGCCCGUCAUGCAGAAGUUCCUCCAUGACCACACCGAGCUGCAGGUCAGCGCGCUCUACGCCCUGCAGGUGCACUGCAACGCCAGCGCCUUCCCCAAAGGCUUGCUGCUGCGCUACUUUGCCAACUUUUACGACAUGGAGAUCAUCGAAGAAGAAGCCUUCCUCGCAUGGAAAGAAGAUAUAAGUCAAGAAUUCCCCGGGAAAGGGAAGUCUUUAUUCCAGGUACAGCGACGCCCUCACAGCGGGGUCUGAGUGGUUCUCAAACACCUGCAGUAAUUACUUUGACCUCAUUUCCUCCACUGUUCACAACCACCAUGUUACUUCUCCAUCAGCAGCCUAACCCUUCCAAGCAACACAACACGUGUGUUGAAGUCUAAUUGUAUCACUG